CGAGUCUCCAUGCUUGUUGUACGCCGUGCCAUUUUCAUUUGAAUCGUCGUGUGAGCCGGUCCCGUAUCGCUCUCUCCCGUCGAGUUUGGUGCUCGUGUGUUUGCUCGCGCGGUUUCAAAUCGGCCGGUGGUUGUUUUGGUGUCUGCAGAGCAGUGACGCAGCCAUUUGUGUUUGCGUGUGGAAACUCGCCAAGGGCUGCUGGUGCCGGAUUUGUGCUGUGUCCUUUCGUGUGAUAUACGUAUACCGCGUGUGUGGCUAGUGUUUGUGUGCGUGUACGCAGGUGUAAACAAAAAGUGUGGCUACCUAAACAAAUGUUCGAUCAACAGAUAAUAGAAACAUAGCAGAAUUGGUGAGAAAAUCGUUGGGAUAAAACCGGUGCGCAGUGAACGAGAUUUACACAAACAAUGGUAGCAGCGGAUCGUCACCGUGCCGUCUGGGUGUGUACCGAUGGGGAGUGAAAAACGAACGAACCAUCCCGGAUCCAUUGCUGCCGGCAGCGUAGGUCACACUCAUUAGAGAUCGAUCCAGUCUGUGCGGAGCGAGUGUGCGGAUUAGCCAACCAAAACGGGAGCUGUGCUUAAACGAGUCGCCCUGGUGAAGGAAAUGUUGGGAGUUUUUACGCAUUCAUCGCUAUUAUAUCCACGAGUACGCGAUCAUUCACCCCGGAAAAUCGAGCGACAACAUCAGUGUGAAGAAGCACGGCCAGCAGAUAACUUUGGUUUUGCAUGCCGUUGGUGAAACGAUCAUCCUGUGGCCAGAACGCGAUGAAAGGAAGAUGAUACACUGGUAAAUAGCGGUGAACUGAACCCUUGUUCCCAAAGAAGUGCAUCAGCAAGGCAGCAUAAGCUCCACCAACCGUCUGCUGCGUACUGUGUGCCAUAAAUCAGUUCUGCAAUCUGUUGUUUUAUGAACGUAAUUAGCUGUAAAAUGUGUAAAACGACGUGAAGCGAACCAGUUAACGAGCGCGUGAUCGUGCUGAGGAGGUUGAAUUGAUCGUGCAGCAUAUGCCAUUCGUCAAUCCCACGUGGUGAGUGUAGGCAAUGAGCGGUGAAAGUGUGAUAGCAUUUGCACGACAGCUGCACGUCUCUUUUUGGGCAGUUUUUGAAGAGGACCAAAACUAAAAGGCCAUGAUAGUGGUAAAGAAAGAGAUAUCUUUACAGUGGUAUACAUCCCAGCAAGUGAUCGGGAAAGUAAAUCCCAUGCUUAUGGUGCACGACGUAUCCUAAGAUAUUAGUGAUCGUGAAUUACUCCAAAGUAUUGAACUGUGAUAAUUGUGUGUGGUGCUGUAUUGGAUAGUCAACCCAAUCAGUUUACUUCCUGCUUCGUUCAAGUACUUCCGCGCGCGUGUGUGUGUGUGUGGGAUGCGAAAGUUUCAAUCAAUCGUUUUGUGAUGAUGAUGUUAUAUUGUAAAUCAUUAGUGUUAAAAAUGAACCGUGGCACAAGAAUUGGUCACCUCAGUAUGGCGCUAGGGAUUUGUUCCUUGGUGCUUAUAUUGCUAGCUACAUUUAUAGUGGAAGCCGCUAGUCACGAGGAGAGCGAAACGGGUGCUGCCGGCAGUGUGGCACACCGUGACGUUCAAUCGGAUUGGCCGAACUAUCAGUACCCGGAGCAUGCACAUCAGCAGCGUCGCAAUGGACAUCGGGCCGGCCACAACAAUGGCCGACGACGCCAUCACCAGUAUCGGGUGACAAAGAAUCGUCGCGUCCGUGCACCGCAGGAUGGGCGCGGCCGGGUAAAGAAGAGUGGUACGAGUAGUGUGACGGGCAAUCUGCUGGCACAGGAUACCGUCGGACAGCUACCACUGGCCGAUCUACGACAAACGCGCGAACGCAAACCGAACAUCAUCCUGAUCCUCACCGACGAUCAGGAUGUGGAGCUUGGAUCGCUGAACUUCAUGCCCCGUACACUGCGUCUGUUGCGCGAUGGUGGUGCCGAGUUUCGGCAUGCUUACACCACUACCCCGAUGUGCUGUCCGGCACGUUCGUCCAUCUUGACCGGCAUGUACGUACACAAUCACAUGGUGUUCACGAACAACGAUAACUGCUCUAGCACAACCUGGCAGACUACGUACGAGACGCGUUCGUUUGCGACAUACCUCUCGAACGCUGGCUAUCGUACCGGGUACUUUGGGAAGUAUCUGAACAAGUACAACGGCUCCUACAUACCGCCGGGAUGGCGCGAAUGGGGCGGACUAAUUAUGAACUCCAAGUACUACAACUACAGCAUCAACAUGAACGGGCAGAAAAUAAAGCAUGGGUUCGAUUAUGCGAAGGAUUACUAUCCCGAUCUUAUAGCGAACGAUUCGAUCGCCUUUCUACGACAAUCGAAGCACCAGAAUCAUCGGAAACCGGUACUGCUAGCGAUGAGUUUCCCGGCACCGCAUGGUCCGGAAGAUUCGGCACCCCAGUACAGUCAUCUGUUUUUCAACGUAACUACGCAUCACACACCAGCAUACGACCACGCACCCAAUCCGGACAAGCAGUGGAUCUUACGAGUAACACAACAAAUGGAACCGAUCCAUCGGAAGUUCACCGAUUUAUUGAUGACGAAGCGGCUGCAAACGCUUCAAAGUGUCGACGUUGCGGUUGAGCGUGUCUAUCAAGAGCUGAAGGCACUCGGAGAGCUGGACAACACCUACAUUAUCUACACGUCCGACCACGGCUACCAUCUUGGUCAGUUCGGACUGAUCAAGGGCAAAAGUUUUCCGUUCGAGUUUGACGUGCGUGUUCCGUUUCUUAUGCGCGGUCCAGGAAUCGAACCAGCGACGAUUGUCGAUGAGAUCGUACUGAACGUUGAUUUGGCUCCGACGUUUCUGGAUAUUGGAGGUGUCGCUCCACCGCCACACAUGGACGGACGCAGUAUCCUUCCGCUGGUGCUGAAUCGACACCGUGCGGUGCUGGACAAGUGGCCUGACACGUUUUUGAUCGAGAGCUCUGGCAGGCGGGAAACUCCCGAACAGAUCCAUGAACAGAAACAACGUGCUGCAGCCGCACGGUACAGUGCACGACUGAAUCAGGUCCACGGCAAUGGUUCACACUCGAAGCUCGUACCGGAAGUGCUCGUCGAGAGUCGCCAUGCGUUCGGUGAAGGAUUGAGCAGUAUUUCAAGUGUAACGAAUGGUGGCAGUGAUCGGAAAGAGCUCGACUUUAGUUCCCAUGAACACGAUGAUGAUGAGGACGAACAUGACAUGGAUGCUGAUGAUGAGGAUGAUCAUCUUGGAGUGGUUGAAAGUGAAACUGAAGCCAUUGAGCUGAAGCACAAUGAACAUCCGGAGGAUUAUGUGAUCGAUCAUCAGGAGGCUCAUGCAUUUGAUCAAGCACCACCUCAGCAUGACAAUCAUCAUUUGGAUAAUCAUUUAACGCCCUUCCGCACGAAGAUGGAUCGACUGAACACGGAAUGCUCCAAUCCGGUUCUGCAGCAAAACUGUGUUCCCGGACAGAAGUGGCAAUGCACGAGUGAAGAUGGACGCUGGCGCAAACACAAAUGUAAAUUCCAUGGCCAGUUGCAGCAACAUUUGGCGGAGAUACACAAAAAAUCAAACAGUCACACGAAUGGCCGUAACUGUGCCUGCUUCACGCAGGACAACUUUUUCUACACGAAAAUAAAAACGAAACGUGAUCACACGAAAUGGCAACCGAUGGGGACGGCACAGCCGACAGCAAUGCAUCAGCCCAGGCGCCGACGUACACGCCAGAAGCGAUCAGUAGCACCCGAAGAAGGUGACGAAGUGUUGCUGAUGGAAGCCGACGGUCCAACUAUGGAAUCGUUGAUACAGGUUGCUGCACGACUCGAUACCCUGGAGCGAUCACUAUACGACGGCGAUCUGGAGGAACAAGAACGGGAAGCUGGAAUGAGAACUAAACGCGACACAGCUUCACCGCACCCAUUGGCCGAUGUAUUGCAGAGAUUGCAGCAAACGUUAAUAGAAAUUGAACGAGAGUACGAACAAACAGCAAAGAUUGUGGAAGAUGAGCGCCGAAACGACACUACGAGUGAAGGCGUGGAAGCGUAUGGUGGUAUCACAAAGCGUUGCUCCGUAAUUGCGGCCGAUAAAAUCAACUGUUCGAGUGUGAUGUACGAGGAUGAGUUGAGUUGGAGACGAAGUCGAAUGAAGGUGGAUCAGCUGAUUCGUCUGCUGAAGGAUAAGAUAAAUGCACUGAAGGACAUCAAGCGGAUGCUUCGUGAACAUAGACCUGCCGGAUAUCGGGGCGAAGAUUCAGAACCAGAGGAACUUGACGACGAAGAUGAUGAGCCAAUCGAUAGCGGGAUGAGGGAGGAUCAUUCAAAGAUGAGUCCGACGUCUAGUACCACCGUUGCAUCAGUCGUAACAGAGUCUUCGGAAGCGGUCAUUACUCCGGCAGGAAAUGCUUUUCCCAGACGAAUUCCCAAUGGUGGAGUAGUACGUCGUCCAAGUAUGGGGAAGUAUCCUAACGGGUAUGGACAUCGUCGGAAGGUGUCCAAGCCUACUCCUGUACCGGCAAAAGAAGAUGCGGAAGGAACGUUAAUCGAUAUGAGUCUUUUCCCAUCUGAAGUUCAACCAUCUCCAUCCGGUGCUCCAACCCACAAUCGUAGUGGUCACGGCAAUGGCAGGCAUCGGGGCACUGGUGGCCAACAUCGUGGUCACCGUGGAAGGCAUCGGGGAGAGUUUGGUGGACCGUACAAUGUAGGGCCAUCGUCGGUGCCAACAUCUACUGUAAAUUCUGCGGAAUCUACCACACGCAGCAGCGGUAAAUGGACUGAGCCGUCAACGGAAGCUAAUGAAGUAUCCGACAUUGUACAAGAAGUUCCUUGGUCUACGACGGAAUCAAGUCGUGAAAUAAUAAGCUCGAGUACAAUCGAAAACACUCAAAAUCAAUCAUACACUAGUGACGAGCAGAUCUCGCAAAAUGCAAUCGAUGCUGGGGUGUUGUUAUCAAGUACAACAACGGAACAGGCACCAGUUAGCGUUGAUGCGAAUGCGGUGGAUUUCCGAAAUACGAUCGAUCGGCAAAAGACGAACGGAAAAGCUAGCAGCAAUGUGAUAAACAAUACGCAAGACGCACACCAAACUGGGAACUCGGUCCAGCAGAAUAUGAUACCAACGUCAACAGUGGGUGCUACUAUCCCACCAACUGAGUGCUACUGUGCGGAAGAACCGGAAAGCCCAAUACCAGAUGAGAAGGAACUGGCUCGUGAAGCACGCCGCCGCUUGAAAGAGGAACGCCAGCGGAAAAAGGAACGCAAACGCAUCAAGAAGGCCAAGAUGGAAAAGGAAUGUUUGUCCGAACGGAUGAACUGUUUCAGCCAUGAUAGCAACCACUGGCGUACAGAGCCCAUGUGGGACGACAAACCGUUCUGUUUCUGCAUGAAUGCCAACAAUAAUACCUACAGUUGUCUGCGUACGAUCAAUCAAACGCAUAACUUUCUGUACUGCGAGUUCACCACCGGACUCGUGACUUACUACAACUUAAGGAUAGAUCCUUUCGAGACGCAAAACCGGGAAUCAUCCCUCACGGUGGAAGAGAAAGCAGUUUUGCACGAAACAUUGGAGGAGAUGAAGCGUUGUCGAGGUAGCAGUUGUACUUUGCCAAGACAUCAGCAUACUAAUGUGCUUCCGGAGAGUAACAUGCUACCUUCGGGUGUUGGAGUCGGUGGUCCUGUUGGUGGAGGUGUUGGAACUGGAGGACGUCAAACAGGGGGAAUCUCUUACGGAGUCGGAGCGGGUGGUAAUAGGCGAAAGUAUCACAAUCAUCGAGAUCGUACUCCUCAUGAAGCAGGUACAGCUAGUGGAAUUGGUACAGCUGCACACUAUCCAGGAGAGUUCGAAGGUGGAGUAAAUCUCGCUGGGGCAGGCAUUGGACCGGGACCAAACUCAAAGAAAAAGAACAAAAACUGGAAAAGAAAACAUCACCAACAACAACAUAAUCGGCGACAAUAUGUAGAUACCGUAGCAUCGCAGGCGGAGAAUGACUUCGUUCCGGAACUGCUUUUACCGACUGGUGCAGGAAGUGCAACCAAGCGUAACCGUACCAGCCGUCGACCCGUCUGGCGAACGAUUUACACCGAGUAAAUGUCGCUCAGCCGGUGUAAUAAAUGUGUGCAAUGUUUAACCGAUAGUAGUGCGCUGGGCAAGAUGAACAGGGCGCCAAUCCAUAAUCGUGUUUCCAUCGAACGUUACUGAUGCAGAUAUGGUCGUGAUAUAGGCAGCGAUCGCCAUUCCUACAGCGAAACCAUGCGUCGUUUAGUCCCCGGAGGCAUGGCGUUUUGUUUUCUGUUUAGUAUUUUAAUUUAGCGUUGGGUAUGAUUUUAAUCAGUGUUUAUAGUUGUCUUUCGGUUUAGUAAGUUAGCCUAUUAGCAGACGUUUUAGUGUGAUCCUCGUUUUAGUCAUGUAGUGAAGCGUAGAUUGCUUCUGUAUUGUACCACAUUUUGAAUGCAUCGAUUGUUUCAUGGGACCGUUGGUACAUUCGUUUGUGUGCACUCGGUCCUCACUGCCAUUCCAGUACAAUCUGCAAAAAAAGGAAAGUGCCCUACCGCAAAUUGUGUUGACAAACGAUGCACAACAUAUUAGAUGAAAGCAACUAUCUUAUUUUGUUCCCCAAAUUCAGUAUAUGUUAUUUGAGGAAAUUCAGUAUAGUACGGUGCUUGGUUUCACCGACGACACAUUCUAAAAGGAGGCUUUCAUAUCGUGUUUAUUGCCAAAAAAGUAGAACAAAACAUUUGAAACAAGUGCGAAACGUUUGAAAGAAGUCAGGACGCUUUAUUGAUUCUUCCUUUCUGGAAAACAUGAACGAAAAACACCUGAGCUGAACACGGAUCGAAUCAAUCAUAUGCUUUGGCCCAGUCUUUGUCGUUUUCGUAAGCUGUAAGUAGAUGUUAGUAAUUUAUCAUAUGUUGCGUAUGAGUACAUGAGUACGAUUGAUUAAAUUUUGCUAAUCAAACAAGAUGCAUCCAAAAGUAAAGCAAAAUCUGAAUCCGAAUCCGCUUGCCUAUCAAGUGUAUUUGAAUGGUAAAACGGAACAGACACAGACGUACUGUAUACUGUAUGAAGGUAUAAAGGAUAAGGUCAUGUGGAAUUGAUCCCGUUCAAUGCAUGUGUUAGGUUUGGACACAUAACUGGGUUAUGUUUAUUCAGGUGUUUAUAUUUAAAUUCAAAAUAGUUCUAUGCUACUAAGCUCAAAUGACACUUUAUAACCUUGGUCACGGAAAAACUAACGCAACAUAACAUGAGUAUUUAUUGCUUUAGAGAAUGUACUAAACUUAAACGCCACAAAUAGAAGCUUUACAGUGAAAUGAUACCGUAGCAAAAAAUAACAACAAGAACUACAAAGAAAGUAAGAAGGAUCUGCUGAUUAAUUUUAUCACAUGACAAAUCGUAUAAGGAGCAAAUCUUUUUGAGUAUAAUUAGUUGAAGAAGUUACAAAAGAAAUGAAACCACAAUUGUACAGCAUUUUAGAAAUGGUCCACUGUCAUGCUUAUCUGGCACACUUCCACACUUUCACGCUGGUUUGGCUUUUAUAGACAGCAGAAUAAAACAAAGCAUAAUGUCACCAAACACAAUAUGCGCAGUUGCAAAGUGAGCAAACAAAUAAUCUCAACGAUACAUGCAUGAUAUGAUAGUAGUGAUGUAUACAGACUUAUUGAACAAAGAAAACCACUCAACAGUAUGAGCGUUGAGAUAAUCGAACAAGAAUAAA